GAUCGAGACGACACAAUGAGGUGACAGAGGCGAUGGGGCAAGACAACAGAGGCGACGGGGCGAGGCAGUCGAGGUUGCAACGGCGAGGCAAAACGGCUGAGGCGAGGUGAUGGCAAGGCGAGGUGAAGCGAGGCGGCGACGAAAGCAUGCGGAGGCAAAGAUCAGCGAUAGGUGAGGUUGCAGCAGCGAGGGAAAGGGAGAAAGGAAGAAAGGGAUGAACAAAGAUCAAAAUAUCGCGAAAUACUAACGUCAAAAUAUCACAAUAUAUCAUCUUUGUAGUCAUUCUGUAAAAAAUCCUUCUGUAUAAAAGCAUAUCCUUCAUUUGUUAAUUUGAUAACUGAGAAGAGAAGAGAAGAACGCAGCGAAGCGAUCCAAUUCCAAUUCCAAGAUAUGGUCUUUUGGGUAAAGAAGCAAGUUCUUGGGCAGGGCACGUACGGGACGGUGAGCUUGGCCGUUAUUCCCUUUCCCCACCUCCACCGCCCUGAAAUCGCCGUCAAGACUGCAAGACGCGCCAGCUACAUCUCAUCCCUUCACAAGGAAGUCCAGAUACUAGAAGCCCUGCGCUUUUUCCCUGGGAUUGUUCGCUGUUUCGAUGGAGAUCUCGGCGUUGAGGAGCAAGACGGCAAAAAGAAGAUUACUUACCACCUGUUAUUGGAGUUUGCUCCCGGAGGUUCCCUCAAGGAUCUCAUCCCCAAGAAUGGAGGAACCUUGCCGGAUUCUGAUGUCAUGAGAUACACGCAUAUGAUUCUUGAAGCUCUGAGGUACGUGCACGGAGAGGGCUACGUCCACUGCGAUAUUAAACCCUCCAACAUUAUUGUCUUUCCCUCCCGGGAGAUGGAGACGGAGACCAACGUUAGGCCUCAAGACCACUACCUCAAGAUAGCGGAUUUUGGAUCGGCAAAGCGAAGAGACAGCUUGCUGAGCAGAGGAUGCCGAGGAACCCUUCUCUACUCAUCGCCAGAAUCGGUUUUGUGUGGUUUACACGAAUCGCCUGCGGAUAUUGAAGGGAUUUAUCGCAACCGAGUCACACGAUCACACAAAAAACUAAGAAAAAUAAGAGAGAGAUUGGGUAAUACUUCAGUUCCCCUAAGCUCACAUGGGCGUACCCGGUGUGAGAAACAAGGGUCCCCGAAAUAUUCGCCAACUCCAACAGAUAUCUGGUCACUGGGUUGCACCAUGAUUGAGAUGAUUACGGGAAAGCCCCCAUGGUCGACGACCAUCAAGGACGUCCGGCAGCUGCAACGUGAGAUUGGAAUGGGAAAACAGUUGCCUGCACAGAUCCCUCAGAAUCUGUCUGAACAUGGAAAGGAUUUCUUGAGAAUGUGUCUGAUUCGGGAUCCAUGUUCCAGAUGGACGGCUGACAUGCUCUUGGAGCAUCCCUUUCUGGCGGAAGGUCCUCUGUCUGCAGCAGUUGCGUACUAUCCCAGCGACGAAGACAAUCGAUGGAAUUCUGUGCAGUCUAUGUUUGAGAGAUAUCAUUAUACUGUCAAGUUGGGGAUGAUGAAAUUAAAAUCAGAAGCGCAAUGCGUUGGUUUAGAGGGCUGAACCAUGUGAUGUAACCCAAUUAAUCUCUAUAUAUGUUCGUUCAUUCAUUCAUUCAUUGCUCCUAGCUAGUAUAUAUUAUUUGGAUUUGCAUGUAACAGAAGAACUACGUCCGGCUUGAUCCCCCAUUUGGGGUGCGUAGGGCAGCCUUACAGUACAGAUGAUUAGAAUUAAGGUCCAGCCGUUUAGGAUUUAAUUACUAACAAUUUUGGGUUAUGUUAUUGUAAAUUGUCGGAUCCAAAAUUCUGUUAAAGAAUUGGCAUGUAUGUAUAUAUAUUAAACCCAAUAAUGGUUGUGGGCUGUUGUAGUUUUCAGUAUUUCAAAACAAUAAAUUGUACUCCUCCUAGAUUUGCUCAUUGAG